AUGAAGAUGGAGGUCGAUGGCAAUGAGGCGGUGUUAGACCUGGACUUGUUGGAGCUGCCGGAGGUGCCUGCUUCGGCUCUCAAGAGUAACGCCGCUCUUCUGGAGUCUCUCUUCGACCAAUGGCUCUCUCUUCCGGAGAGCAAUCGACUCAUAACGACUUUAUUAAACGAAGCAAAAUUGAAGAAUGAAACACUCAAUAAUUUGUCUAAUUUAUCAUCAAAAGGUCUUCCACCUCUCUCGCCAAAAUGCACGCCAUCCCCUACUUCCUUGAAUCGCCCCGCGACGCCGAGAAUCGACCUCUGUAAUAAUAUGAAGGCUGCUAGCGAUGACAAUAUACGGCAGUUCUACUUUGAACAUGGGCGCCCAGCACCACAAGAGAUGAUUGAAGAAUGCAGGUUUAAGAUCUACGAAUUAUUCAAUGAUUACGGGGAAGAAGCGGGACACCUUAUGCAUAUGAAAGAAUUCAAGUUCGUUACGAAGGAAGUUUGCGACCUGCCGUCCUUCUUCUCGAAGGUUCUCUUCAGAAAAAUCAACAAUAAUGAAAAUCACGCCUACCUCACGAAGGAUGCUUUUUAUGAUUAUUGGAUCAAUAAGAACUUGAUGACGUGUGACAAAGCAACUAAAAUCUACACACUUUUAAAGAAGCCAGAGCUCGAUUACCUUACUCAUGACGAUUUUAAUCCGGUGCUAUACGAGCUUCUAGAAACUCAUCCGGGGCUAGAGUUCUUGAAGAACACACCUGAUUUCCAAGAAAGAUACGCAGAAACCGUAAUAUACAAAAUAUUUUACUACGUGAAUAGAUCGGGUAACGGUCGAAUUACGCUGCGAGAGCUGAAGCGUUAUGGCAAAACCUUGAUUGAUGCAAUGGAUCAAGUUGACGAAGAAGACGACAUUAAUAGGGUUUUGAGAUUCUUCUCUUAUGAACAAUUCUACUCUACAUACUGCCAGUUUUGGGAGCUGGAUUCGGACAACAAUUUCUUGAUAGAAAAAGAAAGCCUUAUCAGAUACGGUAACCAUGCUCUUACCUAUCGAAUCGUGGACAGAAUAUUCACCGAGAUUCCAAGAAAAUUUACCAGUAAGGUUGAAGGAAGGAUGAGUUAUGAAGAUUUUGUUUACUUCGUGACUGCUGAAGAGGAUAAAUUAGCUGAACCAAGCCUUGAGUAUUGGUUAAAGUGCAUCGAUCUAGAUGGAGAUGAAGUUCUAACAAGGCAUGAACUGCAAUUUUUCUAUGAAGAGCAAUUGCAUAGAAUGGAGUGUUUGGGACUUGAGCCUAUAUAUUUUGAGGAUAUAUUGUGCAUGAUGUUUGACAUGAUUAACCCUAAGAAUGAGGGUUAUAUCACUCUGCGUGACCUCAAAGGUAGUAAAAGCUCUGGACAUUUUUUCAAUACCCUGUUCAAUCUAACUAAAUUUCUCAAGGUUAAGGUGUUUUAG